AUGACUCAAAACAUUGUAUUUAAUAUAAAUAUAGGCGAUCAGUUAACAUCAAUUUCUUGUGGCCAUGUUAUUGUAGAGCUAAUAAAGUUUUUAGCAUACCAAAGGCUUCAAAUUCCAUACACAUAUCAGUGGCUAAAACAAAUGGUUAAUAAGAAGAAAGAUAAUGAAAAUGAAAAGGAUACAUACCAAUCUGAAAGACAUUUUCACGUUGCUUCUACAGCGUUAAAUAACCUGGAUUUUGUCCUUAAGAGUUUGUUAAAAGAAAUUGGAGAGGCAACUCUACCACAAGAAGUAUGUAUAGCAUUUGGUUCAAGUCCAAUCUCAUGUAAGGAGAUUUACCGCAUUGUCUUACCAACAGUGUGUCAUAAGCCACAAUGCCAAUCACCUCAUAUUGCAUCAGACAAAAAAAUACAAAGCAGUGUAUUUAGGAAUCUGGUGACUUCAGAAAAAUUGUGUAAAGUCUUUUUUGAGCCGCUAUCACCUACUAACAUGUAUGUUUUCCUAAAAAAGGAAUCAUUAAGUAACCAGCAAGUUGUCUGCAGUGAUACUUUUCUUCAUGUUAAUGGGUACAGAAUGCCUAGGAGCUGUAAAGUUGUUGUUUUAAACUUUCCUGCCAAUCCUAAAAACACUACUUGUUGUAAUGAUUUUAAGAUCUUUGGUAAUGCGCCAAGUGAAGAUCUCUCAAAACUGAGCUUGGAUGAUUCUAGUGAUGAUGAUUUUCAUGAAAUUGAAUCUACUGAUAAAGUGCAAUGGUUUCAAUCAACUUAUGUAAUGAAAGGUUUUAAAGAUUGUGUUGUAAAUGGUAGUUCUAUUAUUAACAGCUGGCUACAUUAA